AUGGAACAGCGGAUUCGAUGGAAGAUUCAACAGCGGAUUCGAUGGAAGAUUUCAAUGGCGGAUUCGAUGGAAGAUUUCAACAGUGUAUUCGAUGGAAGAUUUCAACGGCGGAUUCGAUGGAAGAUUUCAACAGUGGAUUCGAUGGAAGAUUCAACAGUGGAUUCGAUGGAAGAUUUCAACAGUGUAUUCGAUGGAAGAUUCAACGGUGGAUUCGAUGGAAGAUUUCAACAGUGUAUUCGAUGGAAGAUUCAACGGUGGAUUCGAUGGAAGAUUCAACAGUGGAUUCGAUGGAAGAUUUCAACAGUGUAUUUGAUGGAAGAUUCAACGGUGGAUUCGAUGGAAGAUUCAACGGUGGAUUCGAUGGAAGAUUCAACAGUGGAUUCGAUGGAAGAUUUCAACAGUGUAUUUGAUGGAAGAUUCAACGGUGGAUUCGAUGGAAGAUUCAACGGUGGAUUCGAUGGAAGAUUCAACAGUGGAUUCGAUGGAAGAUUUCAACAGUGUAUUUGA